AUGUAACGCCUUUCUUAUCCAUCGUGACGUGUAUUCGACCAGCCGUUACAUUUAAAUGUCUCUCAUUUCUAUGCAUUUUUUGCAUAGCCCCCAUAUUUUGAUUUAUACUUCAUUGAGGAUUAGAAUGAUUUUUUUUUUUUUUUUUUUGGAGUAAAAGAGGAUUAGAAUGAAUCAAUGUCUAGUAUUAGAGAAGGAAACCAGCACAAGAAGGUAGCAGUACAGCCUAAGGCUGUUUCAUGGCAGGAGAAGAAAAGCCUUGCAGAUAAUGAAGAAAAAGUCCUGCAAAAAGAAAUAGAAGAUCUUAGAUUAUGGGUUGAAAUGAUGGAUACCAUGAAGGAUGAGCAGUUAAAGGAAUAUUUAUAUAACAGACCUAACGAACUAAAGACUGUGAAGAUCCAAAAAAGCAAGCCUAGGCAAAGAGUCCAAAGAGUUGAGAAAUCUUCGACUUCUGAUGGUAUAUUGGCUUCUGUAUGGAAAUUCCAUAAAGAAGAGGAUGAAGAUUUGAAAAGUAGGUCUAAUAUUGUUUAA